GCGCAAACUGCGAGUCACCAGACACCAGUCCACUUGUAACAACGCCGUUCCGAGCCCGUGACCCGGUCUGAGAGUAGUAGAGCAGCAGGCAGCGAAAUGGUGGCGUCGAUGGCCUCCCGCCGCGCGGCCGCGCCCGUGCUCUUCUUCUUCCUGCUGCUCCUCGUCGCCUCAGAGAUGGGGCCGGCGCGGGUGGCGGAGGCGCGGCACUGCGUGUCGCAGAGCCACAAGUUCGUGGGCGCCUGCAUGAGGAAGAGCAACUGCCAGCACGUGUGCCAGACGGAGGGCUUCCCCUCCGGCGAGUGCAGGCACCACGGCGGCAUCCUGCGCAAGUGCUUCUGCACCAAGUCCUGCUAGCCGGCGAGGCGAGGCGAGCAGGGUCCGAUCCAGUAGCGUCCCGGAGUUAUUAGCACGCACCCCGCGCCGCAGCCAUGCAUGCUGGUGCAUUUGAUUUGCUGUAGCGUCCACUCAGUCGUCGUAAUCACCCUUGCGUCUUUAAUUAGUUUCCCGUGCUCUUAUGGUGUACCGACUUAGUGUUUCUCAUUUGUAGUAAGUUAUUCGAAAAAGCUAAACCGAGAGUGCUUGGCUAGCAGCUUCAACUGCUGGAAUAGUAAUAAAAAAACUUUGGCUUUGUGGUGUCAAAGGAGCUGUAUGAUCAUUACAUGUUAAUAUCCUUGAAUGCAUCUUGGUUCUGUGGAGGAA